AAGUCUGGCAAAAAUUUGUCUCGUUCCCAGUGUUAGUACUUCUUUACACAUAUGAGAGUUUGUCCUGGGCACAGACUAUUUAUCAACAUGGUUCUCCUCGACAAUGACACGUUUUUGACGGAACUGACGCGACUUUUCCAGAAAACGAGAACUUCUGGGUCGAUCAAUAUCACAAUGAAACAGUAUUAUGGACAGACAAAGCCUCAACCCAGACACACAAAGAGGACAUUGAUUUCUGAACAUUCAGAACACAAAUGUCUCUUCCGUGCUACCAAUGGCAAGAAGAAACUCAGCACAGUGAUUAGUUCAAAAGAUGUCACAAAAUUCCAAAUGGCCUACGCCAAUGUCUUGAAGGCAAACAUGGACAAUCUCAAGAAGAGAGGGAAGCGAGAUGCCAAAGCCAAGACAAAGACCAAUAAGGCCACAUGAUGCAAGCUGAUAAUUGGAGGCUGUACUCCUAUUACCGGAAACGCUGCAACUGUCGUCCAUUCUUCUCUUGACGGAAAGUGGGCAUUCAUGGCUCUUUCCAAAACCUAUUCCCAUCCAACGGUUUAACUCAAUUAAGUUAUAAAAUGCAUUUAAAUAAACCCCCAUUGCUUUGUAUUUGUUUGUAAAAGGUUAGUAACUUUUCCUUCUUUGGCAGUCAGUUUUAAUUUCCAUAUUUCCUUUUGAAUUCACAUACAACGGUCGUCCUGUCAAGUAAAUGCACGCUGAGAACUGACCGCACUUUAGAGGUGUGCAGUUAGAAACUGUGGAUUACGCGUGUGUGUAAAAUGCACGCAAGGAGAUAAGAGGGGCUAACGUGGGUAUAGCUGUGCCUGUUAAUCGAGAGAUAGAAAUACCUCACGUUCUUUCUUUGAAUUUCUAUUGUUUCUUGGGUUAAGUUGUAGGUUGGGUUGAGUUGGACAAGUUUGUUGGGCAAGAGCCAUAUUUCAUUUCGUGGGUGUGGUGGUAGUUGGCAUUUAAACGUAGAGAUGAUUUAUCGUGUUUCUCAUGUCUGUUUCACGUCCGUAAUUUAUUAUCUCAAAUAUAUCUGCCCAUGAAAAAAGAAAAUUCCAGUCACACAAUAUGUUAUUUUGUUGGCACGAGCGUUCGGUGAAAAAUUGUCCGUCUGUAUUUUACCAUUGCAAAUACUUGGGUAUGGUAGGAAAUUUCCAGUCACUCGAUCUCUUUUUGUUACCAUGAGAGUUUGGCGAAAACUUAGUGAAAUACAUCUACAAUUAUUGCUUUACUUCAAACUACAUGUAUAACAGCCGUGUCUGCUUGUGGCGUUAAUUAUCUUUAUUUUUCCUAAACUGAUGUUUGAGUGGGUAGUACGUAACCUGCCAUUUUUGUUGUUACCUGAUGCAGAGAGAGUGCAUAUUUUGUAAAUAAGACACUGAACCGUGUAAAAUGAAAUACAAAUCCUCUCAAAGGCAUUUGG